CUAAACUACCCUAACACACAUUCAUUACACUGUGUCACACACUCACUCUUCUCUCUCUCUCUCUCUCUCUCCAAUGGAGAACCAAGCAAAGCGAAGCAAACAAUCAUCGAGUACUUCUCGACGAAGCUUGAAGAGAAAGCUUGAUGAAGAUUUCGAAGACGAUAAUCGCAAAAUCUCUUCUUCUCCAAUUUCUCGCGACGAUGAUGAUAAUCAUCAAGAUCUCGUUCCUGAGAUUCGUACGCAGGUUGACAUUCUAGAAUCUACUUUCUCAUCAAUUGAAGCAGAUCGUGCCUCUGCGAAACGUGCUAUUCAUGUUCUAUCCGAGCUUGCUAAGAACGAGGAAAUUGUGAACGUGGUUGUAGACUGUGGUGCUGUUCCAGCUUUGGCGAAGCAUCUUCAAGUGCCAUCCCUUGGGAGUGAAGGAGAUGGUGAACAGAUGCCGUAUGAGCAUGAGGUCGAGAAAGGAAGUGCUUUUACGCUUGGGCUUCUUGCAAUAAAACCGGAGCACCAGCAACUCAUUGUUGAUGCUGGAGCUCUGCCUCAUCUUGUGGGUCUGCUGAAGAGGCAUAAGAAUGGACAAAACUCUCGUGCAGUCAAUGGCGUUAUCCGGAGAGCAGCUGAUGCAAUCACUAAUCUUGCUCAUGAAAAUAGCAGCAUCAAAACUCGUGUUAGGAUUGAAGGUGGUAUUCCUCCUCUUGUUGAAUUGCUGGAGUUCGCUGAUGCAAAGGUGCAAAGAGCAGCUGCAGGAGCCUUGCGAACUUUGGCAUUUAAAAAUGAUGAGAAUAAAAAUCAGGCUAGUGGCUUUAUUCUGAUUUCUAAAAUUAUCUCUGAACUUCUUCUGUUAUCUAUUGUUGAAUGCAAUGCACUACCUACUCUUAUUCUAAUGCUGCGGUCUGAAGAUACUGCAAUACACUAUGAAGCGGUUGGAGUCAUUGGAAAUUUGGUGCACUCGUCACCAAAUAUCAAAAAGGAAGUUCUUCUUGCUGGAGCUUUACAACCUGUCAUUGGCUUACUUAGUUCAUCCUGUUCAGAAAGCCAAAGGGAAGCUGCCUUAUUGCUUGGACAAUUUGCAGCAACCGACUCAGACUGUAAGAUUCACAUCGUGCAAAGAGGUGCUGUACCACCACUAAUUGAGAUGCUCGAAUCCCCAGAUGCUCAACUUAGGGAAAUGGCAGCCUUUGCCCUUGGAAGGUUGGCACAGGACACACACAAUCAGGCUGGUAUUGCUCAUUGUGGUGGAAUAGUCCCAUUACUGAAGCUUCUCGAUUCAAAAAAUGGAUCGUUGCAACAUAAUGCUGCAUUUGCUCUUUAUGGGCUUGCUGAUAACGAGGAUAAUGUUACAGAUCUUGUAAAGGUCGGAGGUGUUCAAAAGCUUCAGGAUGGAGAAUUUAUUGUCCAACCAACUAGAGAUUGUGUAGCGAAGACAUUGAAAAGAUUAGAAGAGAAGAUUCAUGGACGAGUAUUGGGCCAUUUAUUGUAUUUGAUGCGUGUUGGGGAAAAGGUUAUUCAAAGACGAGUCGCUCUGGUGCUUGCCCAUCUUUGUUCACCAGAUGACCAAAAGACAAUAUUUAUUGAUAAUGGUGGAUUAGAAUUGCUUUUAGAGCUUCUAGAAUCAACUAACUUGAAGCACGAAAGAGAUGGUUCUGUAGCUUUAUGCAAGUUGGCUAACAAAGCCAGCUCACUUUCACCAGUCGAUGCAGCUCCUCCAUCUCCGACACCUCAGGUCUAUCUGGGCGAGCAGUAUGUAAAUAAUUCUACGCUAUCUGAUGUCACAUUUUUAGUUGAAGGCAAGCGGUUCUAUGCCCACAGAAUCUGUUUACUUGCUUCUUCUGAUGCAUUUCGAGCAAUGUUUGAUGGUGGCUACAGGGAAAGAGACGCGAAAGACAUAGAGAUUCCCAAUAUUCCAUGGAAUGUUUUUGAGUUGAUGAUGAGGUACAUAUACACAGGAUCCGUUGAUGUUAAUAUGGAUGUUGCACAGGAUCUUCUAAGGGCUGCUGAUCAAUAUCUUCUAGAGGGCCUUAAGCGCCUGUGCGAGUAUGCAAUUGCACAGGAUAUCUCUGUGGAAAAUGUCUCUCUGAUGUUUGAGUUGUCGGAGGCAUUCAAUGCAUUGUCAUUACGAAAUGCUUGCAUUCUCUUCAUUUUGGAGAAGUUCGACAAAUUAUGUGCCAUGCCAUGGUAUUCACACUUGAUUCAACGCAUGUUACCCGAGACACGUGCGUACUUUGAAAGGGCGCUGACCAGGCCAAUUCAAGCUGACCUCUGAUGUAGAUUUAGGUUCAUUUUUAUUCUUUGAUUAAAUGGAAAACAUCAGGUAAAAUGUACAGGAAGUGGGUGUUAUUGCACUCGUCUCUAAUUGCAAGAGUUAAAUGUAAUCUCUCAUCGAGUGCAAUUCCAGAUUUGUUAUGACGUUUAACGUAGCUUAUUAAGUUCAGUUGG